AUGGACGGUGAUCUAUCGAAAGUUAUGCAAGCAAUGUCACUCGAGGAAGAUGUUCCUAUUGACAUACCAAACGAUGAUGACUUCAGUGCUAUUGCGAGAAACGGAAGAUCACUGAUCAGACGUCUUCUCAAUCGAGACUGCCAGAACAUGGCUAGAAUGCUGCGAACCAUGCCCCGAAUCUGGAAAGUGUAUGAGAGGGCCAGAGGGAUAGCUCUCACGAGGGAAACCUUUCAGUUCAUCUUCGAGCUUGAGACUGAUAUUCAGAUGGUGAUGAAGCAGAGGUUCUGGACUUUUGAUGAUUGGGGUAUGGCCAUGGAUAGAUGGGGUUGA